UGGUGCGAUUAUGCGUGCUUUUGAUGCAUGCGUGUAUAUAUGUACAUAUGUACAUACAUACAUAAAUACAUAUGCAUAUAAACAGUAAACAUCAGUUGUAAUUGAAACUCAAAAACAGUGAAAUUAUAUGUAUGUAUGAAAUAUGUGUAUACACAGCAAAAGAAACAUCAACAUGAUUAGACAAAAAAUGUUUUGAUGAAAAGUAACUAAGCCCAUAUUCAUCAGCAAAUAAUAGAAAAGUCAAUGCAGCAGAUGUGAGAUAAAGAGAAAGUGCAUGCACGCAUGAACUUUGAAAUGGAAAAUAUACAUAAAUCAAUAUAAAUAAAUAAUAGAAUAGCAAAACAUUCAAAGAUGCUCAAUAGAUUUCUGAAAUAAACAAGAUAAACCAGCAACAGCAAACGAGCACACAGUUUUAGAGCGAAUCAAAUGUAAACUCAAGUGAUAACAGCACAAACUCCAUUCAAACAAAAUAAAAACAUUUCGAAGUGGAACAUUUGUUGUACACACAAGCCGUUAUCAGCCGUUGAUAUUUCGAAUUUUGCCAGUGCACUAUAUAAAACCGUGUACUAUAUAAAUUAAGCUGCAAGCUGGUUUUCAUGAACCAUAUUUGUAGUUUCCCAUUUGCAAGAACAGGUGCAGUAGUUAAACCCUAUAAACUAAAAUAACAUAAAAAAAUAUCUUCUUAAACGUUAGUGCAAAUCACUUAUGAACUCAAAUUGAAUUGUCCGCCUGAGAUUUUUGUGCGCAAAUCGAAAUACUCUAGCAACGAGCAAACUCAUUAUGGUUCAAGGAACACUGUGCGAACAUAAAACAAAUACAAACGCAUGGCAAACAGUGAGCUAUAGUAAAAAACCGCAAACGAAAAAUCACCUUAAAGCAAAAGGUGGAGGUGGUGGUAGUAUCGAUAAGUCAAAUAUACAAAUUAAAAAUACAUUGAACAAAAAUUCGCUAGCAAAACCGAAAUCGCAAACUACUACAUUGCUUUUGAAAGUGGCAGCGAAUAAUCAAAAAAUCUCAAGGACGAAAACGUCAACAACUCAAAAACCGAAUUUGGCACAACCAAAUAAUGCCACAGUGAAGCAGAAAACAGCACCCACUGUUGACAAAACAAAAACAGCGAUAGCUGCAGUUGGCAAUAUACCAACUCAGCAGCAACAACAAACACUGCGUAAUCGACAGCAGCAGCAGCAGCAACAGCAACACGUUCAGCGGCAGCAAUCGCCCUUAUUGUAUGUUCGUCGUCGGCGAGUAAAUCACGAAAUCAGACAAAUUAAACGUGCUCACCGCCACCUAUUGACAAGUGGCGGGUGCGACUGGCAGCACCGCCAAGCGACCGAUAGUAGUGGCACUGGUGUGGCAACCGUACGCAAGCAAGACGUCAAGUGUCAAACGAAGGCGAAUAACAACUGUAGUCAUUCGAACAGCUGUCGCUGUACAGCGACAAAGAAGAAACAGCAAAAGUGUCAUCCAUCGCAACAAAAGCAACAGAAGAGAAAAUUGCAAAUUUUAGUGAAAAAUGCCCACAGUGGCGGAGGAGCAGGUAGUAAUAGCAGUGGUAAAUCAAAGCAGGAGAAAGGUAAACAACAAAUUGGCAUUGAACGUGUUGGUACUGUGAAAUCGAAAGAGACCUAUGCAGAAUCUGUUAUCUCUUCGCGUUGGGAUUCAAUCGAAGAACAAUUAAAUUAUCUGGAUAAAUUACUGUAUUUCUGUGAGGACGAGGAAGAUGCCUGUUGUGCAUGGAAUUGUAAUAUAAACAAAGCUUACGAUUGCUGUAGUGAAAGAGCAAAAUCAGAGGAAAUUUAUUACGAAGGCGACGUCGACGACGACUACGAAAGUGACUGGAGUACUGAUUGGAGCCAAUCAGAUAUGUCAACUACAGAUAAGAGUGUAGAUGAUGCAGACAUGCAAUCCACAACAAGUGGUGCAGGAUCUGCUUCCACAACUACGUCACCUGUUGUCUCUACCUCACAUAGACGACGCGGUCAUCAGCAUCAUCCCCGUUUUUCGGGCACACGCCGUCCAAAUAUUCCAAAUGUUCAGGAAAUACUUGCUGCAUUAUAUCGAGGUGAUUCACAAAGUGUUCUCACCAACUUACGUCAAGCCAGUCAGGCAGUACAAGAAGACAUCACAUUGUCCGUUGGUGGCGGAAGCGAUGUAGAAACAGUAUCUUCUACAAUGGGAGAUUCACAAUAUACAGAUGAACCAGAUGAAGACUUGGAAUUACAGCUUUCAAAAUCAUCAAUGCUUAACUUGCCUCUAACCGACUCAGUAACCACGUCGAUGGGCAGCAACAGUCCAACUCCCACGGAUGAAAGCAGUAUGGUUGAUGAAGGCGUGGUAAGCGCACAAACGCCCACUAGCAAUAUUGAAGCUGAGAGUGUGACUCCGAAAUCACAAAAAAUCAAAUCUAAACGUGAUAAAAGUGAAAAACUUGAUCGUUCAGAAAAAAAGAAAAGGGCAAAGAAGGAUAAAAGUAAACGUGCAUCAGUUUGUUCCGAUGCAGAUGGUAAUAUAGUUAGUUCAGGUGAAGUGCACACCGCGGCAGAUGAAGGUAUUGCCAUCGAUGAUGAGGAUGUACAAGCAGCUGAGUGGGCGAAGUUACGUUGUACCAGCGAAGCCGCGGAAAUUGUUGCAGAGCGUGAGGCGCGUCGAAAUAAAGGUCGUUGUGCCGACUAUCCUGGACUUGCAUUUGGUCGUUCCAUAUUCAGCUCUGAUACCAUGAUGAAGUUCAAUAUCAUACGUAACGAAUUGCAUAACAUCAUGAAAACGCAGCUUAAACGGGCCGAAUCAGAAGUAGCUGCAUUGAAUCGUCGCAUUCAAUUGCUCGAAGAAGACUUGGAACGUUCAGAGGAACGUUUGGGAUCAGCCACAGCCAAGCUUUCGGAAGCUUCUCAAGCUGCCGAUGAGAGCGAACGCGCUCGCAAGAUUCUUGAGAACCGCGCCCUUGCCGAUGAAGAACGCAUGGACGCCCUUGAGAAUCAAUUGAAGGAAGCUCGUUUCCUUGCUGAGGAGGCUGACAAGAAAUACGAUGAGGUUGCCCGUAAAUUGGCCAUGGUUGAAGCUGAUUUGGAACGUGCUGAGGAACGUGCCGAGCAAGGAGAAAACAAAAUUGUGGAGCUUGAGGAAGAACUCCGCGUUGUUGGCAACAACUUGAAAUCCCUGGAAGUAUCAGAGGAAAAGGCCACGCAAAAAGAGGAAACUUUCGAGAGUCAAAUCAGACUUUUGGAUCAUCAGUUGAGAGAGGCUGAAGCUCGUGCUGAAUUCGCUGAACGUUCCGUUCAAAAAUUGCAGAAGGAAGUCGACAGGCUCGAAGAUGAUCUGGUAAACGAACGCAGUAAGAACAAACUGCUGCAGGAAGAGAUGGAAGCCACUCUGCAUGAUAUUCAAAAUAUGUGAAUAUCAUAAGCCACAUCAACGCCACUGCCACUCCCACUCGCUCUCCAUUGUGGCCUCCUCCUUGACAUGUAUACAUGCAAACAUACUUACUGUUUUAGUAUGAUAAAUCAAUGAAACAGCUGCAUAAAAUAACCGCAACAAAAACAACUAUUGUAAUAAAAAACAGCAACUCGAUGAAGUUUACAAAAGUAUGCAAGAAUACAUAUAUACAUACACAACUACAUACAUAUAUAGUGCCUUUGCUGUCGUAUACGGUGGCUAAAAGGGCCUCCUGAAAACGAGCCGGCGGAGUGGGCAUCCUUCCAUAAUAUUAAAGUAAUUAAAUAAUUAUAAUUAUUAAAAAAAAGAAAAAAACAAGGUUUUGUUGCAAAACGAAUAGUGCAGCGUUACAUAAACUAGAGCCACAACAGCAAUAUUAAAAUAUUUAAAAAUCGCAUUUUUUUUAUUUUUUUCUUUUUGUUUUUUUUUUUUUGGUCGCGAUAUAAUUCCAUUAAUUUCCAUUUACAAAGUUUGUAUGCAAUAUCAAUUUUUCUUGCUAAUUAUUGUAUAAUUCUACUAAGAAAGUUGUAAAUUAUUUAAGCUCGAGUCUAAAUUAUAUUAUUGUAUUUCGUACAUUCCAAUUAUUGUGUGAAAAAAUUCCGUUUUACGUAUAGAAAAAUGUAUUUUUAACUUUUCCGCUUCAAAAGAGUGCUAAAAAUUUAACGGCAUAGUAUAGUUGAUAAAAGUAAACGAGAAAUGUUAAAAUCUAUCCCUAUAAAAAUCGAUGCAAAGUACUUUGUAUUAUUUGACCUUAACUUAUUAAUUGUUUUGGCAAUAUUUUAUUUGUUUUGUUUUUUAUAAAAUACUUUAAAUUUGCGCUUUUAUAUUUAAUUUGUAAAUUUUACUUUUGUUUUUUAUUUUUUUGAAAUCGCCAUUAUGCGCCUGUUGCUAAGGAACAAUUUAAAUAUUUCAAUUAAAACAUAUAUACUGCAUACAUGCAAAUAAUAUUAUAACAAAUGCAUUAUUUGUUGUAUGCGAAGACAUUAAUUUAUAAUUUUAUUUUAAUUUAAACUUUUAUAAUUCUGUGCGCUCGUCUGUAUUUUUCUGUUUAAUGUUUAAAGCAAGACAAACAACUACUACUUCUAUGUAUUAAUAAUUAUUUACUUGAUUAUUUUAAAGUAAAAUACAUUUGCAAAAAAGACAAAACUGAAAAUGUUUAUAAUUUUAUGUGUAAUAUUGCUAACAUUUAAGUAUUUCUCCCACUGCCCUACUUCUCCUUCCUAUUAUUUCCCUUGAACUUCACAUCCCACGAUCCACAUGUAGACAUCCAAUUAGAAGAACAAUAUAAAUAGAGACAAAUUGUAAAAAGCAAGCCUACAAAUUGUUACAAAAAAGCAACUCUUCGCUCGAGUUAUUUACACGAGUUCAAUCAAAAUAAGAAGGCAAUUAUUUAUAUUUUUCCAUGAGUAUUUCAAAUUUACAUAUGAUUCAGCUGCAAUUUGCACAAAUAAAGUAUUUUUCCAAAAAUAAA